AUGGCUUCCCCACCGGCCCCCGAUGUCAUUGAGCAUCCCAAGGAUGUUCCCCGCAAGGACCCCCAGCUUAAUUCGUCGGGAUCGAUGGACAAGCUGGUCGAGAACGCCAGGGCGGCGACGGAGAAGGAGCAGCAGAUGACCCUGCUCCAGGGUAUCCGGCUGUACCCCAAGGCUGUCGCCUGGAGCGUGCUCAUCUCGACCUGCAUCGUCAUGGAGGGGUACGAUAUCAGUCUGGUGAACAAUUUCUACGCUUUCCCGGCCUUCAAUCGCAAGUACGGCGAGCCCCUGCCCGAUGGGACUUACCAAGUACCGGCCAGAAACGUGCAGUCCCUUCUGGCAGCCGAGAUCCUGUGUGGCAUUCCGUGGGGCGUGUUUCAGACGCUAACCGUCACCUACGCGUCGGAGGUGUGCCCUGUCGCCUUGCGGAACUACCUCACAACCUACGUCAACUUCUGCUGGGGUCUCGGCCAGCUCAUCGGGAUCGGGGUCAUCAAGGCGAUGCUGGGUCGCAAUGACCAGUGGGCGUACCGGAUCCCCUACGGGCUGCAGUGGAUGUGGCCGCUCCCGCUGUUCAUCGGCAUCCUGCUCGCGCCCGAGUCGCCAUGGUGGCUGGUCCGCAAGGGUCGCAUCGAGGAGGCCAAGCGGUCGCUGCUGCGGCUGACGAGCCUGGACCGGGAGACCGAUUUCAACGCGGAUGAGACGAUCGCCAUGAUGGUGCACACGACCGCGCUCGAGGAGAAGAUCACGCGCGGUGCCAGCUACUGGGACUGCUUCCGGGGCACCGACCUGCGGCGCACCGAGAUCGUGUGCAUGGUGUGGGCGAUCCAGAACCUGAGCGGUAACUCCUUCUCCAACUACUCGACCUACUUCCUGGAGCAGGCGGGGCUGGAUGCGUCCAAGUCGUAUGCGUUCGCGAUGGGCCAGUACGCGAUCAACAUGGCCGGUGUUUUUGGCGCAUGGUUCCUGAUGAGUGCCGGGAUCGGGCGGCGGACGCUGUACCUGUGCGGGCUGUGCGGGCUCUUCACAAUGCUGUUCAUCAUGGGCUUCUUGGGCCUGGUGCCGGCGGCGCACCGCGACCAGGCGUCGCUGGCGACGGGCAGCAUGAUGAUCGUGUGGGCGCUGUUCUACCAGCUGACCGUGGGGACGGUGUGCUACUCGCUGGUAUCGGAGCUGUCGACGCGACGGCUGCAGAUCAAGACGGUCGUGCUGGGCCGGAAUCUGUACAACGUCGUGGGGAUCAUCACGGGGGUCCUGACGCCGUACAUGCUGAACCCGGGAUCGUGGAACUGGGGCAACUACACGGGCUUCUUCUGGGCCGGGAUCUGCUUCUGCUGCAUUGUGUAUACGUAUUUCCGGGUGCCGGAGCCGAAGGGGCGGUCCUUUGCUGAGCUGGACAUGCUGUUCGAGCGGGGAGUGAGUGCGCGCAAGUUUGCCUCGACGAAGGUGGAUGUGUUUGAGGAGGAGGUCGAGUCGCAGGUUGUUGAUAACUACAAGGAGGCGAAUAUUGGCGCUGUGAAGGCGUGA